AUGGAGGCUCUACCGCUGAUAAAGGAACAUCCAUUUUUGACCGCUACAGCGGCAUACCUCGUGUAUGUGACAGCGGUGGUUGUCUAUCGGCUGUGGCUCUCCCCUUUAUCCAAGUUCCCGGGACCUAAGCUCGCCGCAGCCACUCGGUGGUACGAGUUUUACUAUGAUGCCAUAUGUCACGGAAAAUAUACCUUUGAGAUCAUAAAAAUGCACGAAAAAUAUGGCCCCAUUGUUAGGAUCAGCCCUCAUGAACUUCACAUCAACGACCCGGAGUACUACGAUGUUCUGUACUCACGAGAUAGCCCGAGAGACAAGUACUCGUACUACACGGGUCAGUUCGGUACGCCGAUGGCAGCUAUCUCCACGAUAAGCCACGCCCAUCAUCGUCUUCGCCGUUCAAACAUGAACCCGUAUUUCUCCAUGGCUCGGAUUCGAAAGCUGGAACCGGCCAUCCAGAUUCUUGUAAACAAGCUUUGCAAUCGCUUAAAGGAAUUCAAGGGCACAGGAGUCCCGAUUGUGGUGCAGUAUCCGUACACCUGCUUUUCCACAGAUGUCAUAUCAGAUUACACUAUGGGAACCGGCUUUCACUACCUGGACGAGCCCGAUUUUAUCCCCCACUGGAGCGAGACCCUGAGCGCCAUCGCCAAGGCCACAGUCUUCUUCAAGCCGUAUCCAUGGUUGUUAUACUGGCUCAAGGCUCUACCAGAGGGCUUGGUUGGCAGGGUCGAUCCCGGCAUGAAUUUGUUCUUUGUUUUCCAACGCCGCUGCAAAGUUCUCAUCAAUUCAGUUAUCAGGGAGCACAGCGAGCCCGACUAUGAGGAGAAACGGAAGUCAUACGACCAUCCGACUUUUUUCCACGACAUACUCGACAGCAACCUUCCGCCCGAGGAGAAAGGUCCCGAACGACUAGCGCAAGAAAUCCAAGGAGUUAUCGGUGCUGGCUCCGAAACAGUUGCGAAAACACUUACGUGGCUGACUUACUAUCUGCUUGAAAACAAGGAUAAAAUGGACAAGCUGCUUGAAGAACUGAAUAGACUCGAUCCAGAUCGAACUGCGACUGUUGUGGACUUGGAGAAGAUGCCGUACCUGACAUCAGUAAUGCUUGAAGCCCUUCGGAUUUCAUAUGGUGUUAGCUCUCGGCUGCAAAGAAUUUGCCCCGAUCGUGAUCUCCAGUACAAGGAAUGGUCUAUUCCAGCAGGCACUCCUGUGGGUAUGACAAGCGUGAUGAUGCAUCACAAUGAAGAUAUUUUCCCAGAUUCAUACAAUUUUGUCCCCGAGAGAUGGCUUGACCCCGACCGACGAAAGUACCUGGAAAGAUAUCUCGUCGCAUUCAGCAAAGGAUCCCGCCAAUGUGUUGGAAUCAACCUGGCAAGAGCCGAACUUCUCCUUGCCAUCUCCAAGAUUUUCCGCGAACUGAAGUUUGAACUAUUCGAGACCACUCGUGAGGAUGUGACUCUGAAGCAUGAUCUUUUUCUCCCUUUCCCUAAAGUGGGUAGCAAGGGUGUGCGUGUCCUUGUUGUGGACUGAAGAAUUAUCUCUCUUUGUAAAUAUGACUUAGCUAGGCGUUUUGUUGUGAGAUGUAGUCGGUGGGAGUAAUUUUAUGUAGGUACCUACUCUUUAUGAUCCUUAACUAUAAUGGAUAUCUGGGGAAGAAGCUCAGAAGAUGUGUACUCGCUUGGAGGUGAGAAUGUGUGCACUGGAAUCUCGGGAAUUUUUUUGACUCGUUUAUCCAUUCUGAAGUGACUUUCGUGCACUGCUUCGGGUAAU